AUGGCGGCAAGGUUGGACAGUGUGGUGGAGUUACUUCGGCCGCUCGUCUAUUCCAGAGCUUGGGAUUACUGUGUUGUUUGGAAGUUGACGAAUGAUCCUUCCAGGGUUGUGGAAUGGAUGGGCUGUUGCUGCAGCGGCGCGGAGAUGGGUUCCGUCGAUCCUGCUGAUAGCGUCGUCAAGCAGGAGAUUGGAGCAGAGGUAAUGGGCACUCGUAAUUUUUGGGGUCCGCUCUGUAGAGAUGUUCACUUGAAGCAUCGGAUUAGCACAAUGGCUUGUCAAGCUCUUGCUCGCUUGCCUUCUUUCAUGCCUUUGUAUUCUGGGAUUCAUGGAGAGGUUGCCAUUUCAAGUCGAUCAAGGUGGCUUCACCACGCCGGCAAUGUCGCUGAUUCUGAGUGUCAUUCUGAAUCAUCUGGGACUCAAGUUUUGAUCCCGGUGCUCGGCGGGCUGGUUGAGCUUUUUGCAGCCAAGCAUGUGCCUGAAGAUAAGAAGAUUGUUGACUUGAUUAUGACUCACUGUAACAUGCUUCUUCUUGAGACUCUCAAGGAGGAUGAUCUCAACCCCUUGCUCCAAAACGAGUUCCACGAUCUGUUGUCUCCCUUCCACAUGUUCAGUCUCAUUCCCGAGAUACAGCUUCUUCCUCCCACAUUGCCGCUGCAGCUAUCCACUGCCAGUAACGGCUUUGAAGGAUCAUCAAGCACUUGCAGGCCUUCAAAUGGUUAUCCAUUGUUGGAUCUGUGUUAUAGUCCAUUUUCUGUACAAAAUGCAGGAUCAGGUAGCUCAACGGAAUCCAAGUACCAGGAGAGCUUCCUGAAGAAACAAGCCCCCUCUCCAAGGGUGGUUUCACAGGGUAAGCAGAAAUUGGACAGAAACACGAACAAAUCCAAGAAUCUUACGUCGGAGAGGAACAGGAGGAACAGGAUCCAAGAACGGAUGCUCUCCCUACGUGCCUUGGUCCCCAAGAUUACAAAGAUGGACAAAGUUUCAAUAAUUGGAGAUGCAAUCGAGUACAUUAUUGAGUUGCAGAACGAGAAACAGAGACUCCUAGAGGAGCUUCAACAGAUUGAAAAUGAGCAAGGCAAGGAGGUCGACGUGAAACAGGAAUUAGGUGAUGACGACCUACCCGUUGCUGCUAAAACUAGAAGGAUUGAGGCUCAACUAGACGUGACCCGCAUUAACAAAAACGAGUACUUGAUCAAGCUCUUGUACCACCAGAAGAAUGGCGGAUUCGUGAAGCUGAUGGAGACUUUGAGCUCUCUAGGUCUUCAAGUUGUAGAUGCCAACAUUACCAACUUUGAUGGCCAAGCUCUAAACAUUCUCCGGGUUGAGGUACCACUCAGACUUUUGUGUUCUGUCGGAAGUUAA